CCAAUACGAGGUUACACUUCCUUGUUGAAUGAGUACGGACAGGGAAGAUGACCUCCGAGCAAAAAUUCAAGUUUAGCGAGCAUCCUCAUAGCAGAUUUAAUCCACUUCGAGGAGAUUGGGUUCUUGUAUCACCACAUCGAACCAAAAGACCAUGGCAAGGAAAGACAGAGAAAACUCCUGAAACAGAGACACUGAAGUACGAUCCAAAAAAUCCCCUUGGACCGGGGAACACAAGGUCAAAUGGAAUUGUAAAUCCAAAUUAUAAAGGAGUGUUUCUAUUUACCAAUGAUUUUCCAGCCUUAUUGGAGGACACACCAGAAUCUGGACAUUCAUCUCAUCCUCUUUUAAAAUGCAGAGCAGAAAGGGGAACAUGCAAAGUAAUGUGUUUUCAUCCACACUCAGAUUUGUCACUACCUCUAAUGAGUCAGGAAGAGAUUGCAUCAGUCAUUGAAGCCUGGGCAAAGGAACAAAAGGAGCUGGGUGAAACGUAUACUUGGGUUCAGAUUUUUGAAAACAAAGGUGAUAUAAUGGGAUGCUCAAAUCCACACCCUCAUUGCCAGAUCUGGGCUAGUUCAUCAUUACCAAAUGAAGCCAGGCUUGAGGAUGAGAUGCAGAGAAAAUAUCUUGACACGCACAAGAAACCACUGUUGAUGGAUUAUUUUGAACUGGAACAAAAGGAGAAGGAAAGAAUUGUCGUCGAAAAUGCUUCAUGGCUUGCUGUUGUUCCAUAUUGGGCAACAUGGCCUUAUGAAAUUUUAUUACUACCAAAAGAAAAGACUCUUCGACUUGCCGACCUUUCUGAACACCAGAAGCAAGAUUUGGCGAGGAUUAUGAAACAGUUGUUGAUUAAAUAUGAUAAUUUAUUCAACACCUCGUUCCCAUAUUCUAUGGGUUGGCAUGGUGCACCUACAGGGCCAGAAUUUAAAGACAAAGAUUGCAGCCAUUGGCAGCUUCAUGCUCACUAUUAUCCACCAUUGUUGAGAUCAGCAACGGUAAAGAAAUUUAUGGUUGGAUACGAAAUGCUAGCUCAAGCCCAAAGAGAUAUCACUGCAGAACAGGCUGCGAAGACACUUCGGGACCUUCCAGAAGUUCAUUAUAAGCUGAAAAAGUGAUGAAGUUAGUCCAGACAAAAGUUGGGCAGAAAGCAAAAAUCAGCAAUCGGUAUGAACAAUCAUCAACAAAUUUUCAUAAAAAUGAACGUAAUUUUCAUUGAAGUAAUGUAUAACAUUUAUUUGACAUUGAAUUUUGGAUUAAUUUUUUGUUCAGACUUGUUCAAGAAAUAGUCAAUUAAUUGAUAUAAUUUGAUAAUUUUUCUUUUUUCACUUUUCCUGUAACUUAAUGUUUUGUUUGCCUAUUUAAAGCUAUUUUUAUACACUAAUAUCAUCGCUAAACAUUCAAUUUUCUGGCGAUUGUUUGAUGAGAAUGACAUAUAAUUUGCUACUUUUUCCACACCAUCAUAUGAAAAGAUUGUAAAUAGAGGAUUCGAACUCCAAUUUAAUUUUCUCAGAGACUUUAGGUUUUCUCAGAUGUUUCCGAUUCGUGCAAAUUUUACUUUGAAAUGAAAGAAACCAACAAAACAUAAGUUUAUGUAGCAAAUAAGAAACACCGCAAUACGACGAGAAUGAACAACAAUAAUUACACGUAAAUUAGUGAAGGCUAAUAUUUUGCCCCGGCAUACGGGGCUUCAUCAGAGCAAAAGUAAACGGACUAAAAAUGUACACAUUUAAAAGAGGCGAUGGUGGUGUCGGAUUGGCUGGUGUGAAAUGGUGUGAAUGCAGCGCAGUGGUGGAGGAGAGAAAGGUGACGAAUGAGAGAGGGUGGGUGGUGGUGGUGGAAUGAAAAUUUAAUGGGGAUGAAGUAUUUUAAUAUGAAAUAAUGAUAAUGUUGCUGUAAGGUUAACGGUCAGUGGUUCUGUUCAUGCCGUUGGGUGUGAGAGUGUAUGCUAAGCCAAUGAGGUAUUGCUCUUUGGCUCGUCGAUGACUCUCUCGUUUCCCAUCGAGUUGCAGUAAUGGUGUUAUAAUAAGGUCAUUGAUGGUAUGUUCUGGGCUGCAGAAAUGUUCUGCAAAACCAGACUCAUCUACUUUUUUGUUGAUAAUGUCUCGUCUGUGUUCGUUAAAUCUGGCUCUCAGUCGUCUGCUUGUUUGUACGAUGUUAAGUUGGUACGUGCAACAAAUGUCCUAGCAGUAUUGUUGUAAAUAAACUAAAAUCAACAAUAGAAAAGAUCUAUUCAACUCUGAAGUGCUAAUUUUAUUAGGAAUUUAUAAACUAGAGAGAAAAAGCCAUUUUUAAUUUCAUUUUGGAAAAUAUUUGCUUCCAAUUCAGAAAACGUUCUGUUUCUUGUUAAACUGGUAAUUUUUUUUAUUCUUCUACCAUUUAUCGUUCACAAUAUUUUUAUGAAAGAAAAGCUAUUUGCAAUAUUGAUAAAAUCUUUAGUCAACAGAGUUCGAUCGAGAUUUUAUCCUGCUAUCAAUCUUGCGAGAAAUUUUAUCUCGCGGUAUGUGGUAAUGCAGUUACAACAAAUUUUGUUUAUUUGCCGGGGCAUAUCUUACAACGGUCGGAUUUCUAUCUACUGGACAUCGGACCGGAGUUAUUCUAGGGAAACAUGUGUUGUCUGGAUAUCACCUGCACGAGGGAAAAAGCUGCACGAGGCAUGGACCAAAGAAGAGAGACGUUGUCUUAAUAUUCCUCAUCUAUUGUUUGAUGAUGUCCCACGCCGGAACGAUUGCACGCCGUUCCAAAAGAUGAAGUGGUCAGAAGUUGCGUUCACACAGGAAAGCAAUAAAUUGUUCCUAUACAAUACUGGAGCUCUUUCAACAGGGGUUCAAAAAGUGGAACGGCACGCAAUCUCUCCGUUCAAUUCCCUUCCCAUGUUUCAAUUCCUUUCAAAAUCUGGAACACUAUUGCAACGUUACGUUCACGUUCCCGUGUGAAUGUGGCCUUGAAUUACGUUCACGGCAUUUUAAAUUAGGACAUAAAAGCAGCAAGACACAAUGAAAGACGUAUAAGAUAAUUAAUGAAAUAUGUAUAAUGCAGUAAGGUUAUUCGCGCCAAAAAAUACAAACAGUAUGCUAACAACAACAACAACAACAAUGACAACAACAACAGCAUGUUAUCAACAAUCCUAUCUAUCCAAAACACGCCAUGUUACUGGAAUUAUUUUUGCGCUGUGAAAAGCAACAAAUAACACAGAAGUAUGGCAGCGGCACAAAUCAGAGCUGCCAAAAAUUCUGAGGGAUACAAAGCUUUGAAUAGGCACUCUGCCAUGGGGAUAAAACAGAAAUACUUUUCAUGCAUUUAAGAGCAUAUGUCCCUAGGUCUCCCUCCCAGUUCCCAAAUCUCUGACCAGAAACCCCAGCAUUUGGCGGCGUCUGUAUUAAGAAGGUAAUCAACAUAUGAAUAUACAUGCAAUAAAACGGAGGGUCAAUGCGGCCUAAAUGGGAGUUACUGUAGAUUUCAAUUCCCCAUGUUCGUAUUCAAAUGCUUUUCAUCGAUCUUUGGUUAAGUUUCAUGAUGGGAGGUUUUGCGAGUCUAUUAAUUAAGUAAACUCUAAUCAUAAAGAAUAAGGUUGGUGAGCAAAAAGGGAAUCAGGAAAUUUAUGAUAAAAGGUAGUACUAGAUGUUUUUUGAUGGAUUUUGAAAAUAACCUUUGCUGUAUUGUGGGAAAGUCUAAGUCUCGGAAGGUAGGGGAGCAUACACUACGUGGAAAUUAAGAAUUUCCAUCUGUUAUGAAAACAUUAAAACAAAAGGCGAUAGUCCUGAAAAAACUCCUGUCCUACAUUUUAGUUGUUCUUCUUUCGUGCCUUACAAAGAAAACGUGAGAUCUGCGGAUAUAGUCAUCAAUUUACUGCUGGUCAACCUAGAACGGGAGGUUCUAAGCUGGGCCGCGUAGCGUAUGCGAAUUCGUUAACUUAGAAAUUUUGCGGAGCCCAAAAAAGACCAAGGGCAAGAUAAUUCAGGUGUAAAAGAGGUAAUUGCGUUUGGGUUUUAAAAUUACCAGGAGACUUGGAUCUAGUCACUGCUGCCUGCAAACCAAACAGAGCCGUUUCAGCUACAAACUGUAACACGCUUUGCACUGACCACCCGCUAACAAGAACAUACAUAUUUUCUACAUUGCCGGUUUUUUAUUAAUCAACAACUAUACAAAUGUUACAAUAAACUCUUUUGAUUAUGUUACUAGGCAGAGUGCUGGUGUUAUCUUAGCUGCACAUGUUCACAAAUCUCAAGUGACAUGGCUUUCGUGAUGUGAAAAUGCGGCCUACUUGUGAUUUUCAUUACGAGUCUUCGUUUCCUGAAUCAUCACUGUUAUCAAAACACUCCUCGUCGUUAUCGUCGUCAUAGGCGUCAAAGUCUUCGUACCAGUCAUCAGUAAGGUCCAUAAAGUUCUCGGAUGACUGGCUUUCUGGCUUUGAUUUGAUGCAGUACUCUUCAACUGUUGUUGGAAUAACGAUGCCUUCUUUUUCUGCAUCUGUCCUGCUUUUACUGACCUGUUUCCUGUAAAACAGAACGACAUCCUCAGUCACAAUAUAAGGCGUUUAUUUUAAUUUAUCUAAUCUACUUCAAUUAAUGCAACAUUAAUUCUUUAAUAUGAGAAUUUUUAAUCCUUUAUUGCGAGCGCCAGCAACGCCUAUGUUUAUACGCGCUUCAGAUCUGUCGGGUUUCAACAUUCCUUAUCAAGUUGUGGAUAUACCGUAGCAACUUCCAAGAGGUAUCACCCACCAUUUUGUGAAAGUCUAGCAAACAUGGCCGUCAUUCGUCUUUUGAGUCGUUUGUUGUUGAUGCUGUUCAUUGCUUGCACCAUGCAUCGCUCAUUUAAUUUUGGCGGCAUGCGUGGAAGGAACGAUGGUAACAUUUGAUAAACAACAACUGAUGUUGCAAAGUCAACUAUUUCUACCUCUGGUGACUUUGUACAGACGACGAUGUUAGAUCACUAAAUUUCAGUGCAAUAUCUUGCCAUGAUUUGAUAUUUUUGUAUUUACUUUUAAACUCUUUCCAGUGAUUGUUAUAAUGGCACUCGUAUUUUUGAACUUCUUCCAUAAAGCUUGCUGUGAAAUAUUCAGCUAUCUUGUUCUUGUUCUAGUCAAACACGCAGUUACAAGAAAAUCUCAUAUUCUUGAAGAAAAGUUACUAAAGCGUGGGUCGUUUGAGUCGUUUGAGUCGUUUGUCGGUUUCCACUUGCAAAAAUCAUUCAUGCGUGGGUAUUUUGGGUCCCGGAGAUAGAAUUUUUUCUAUCUCUGCGACAACUGUCGUUUGAGUCUUUCAGGUCUUUUGGGUUGUUUGCAGGUGUGUUUCCACUGAGUCUUUUCAGUCGUUUGGGCAUUUUCCAAUGACCCAAACGACCCAAACGACCAAGUGGGAACCAGGCUUAAAGGCAAUCUGUCACGACGUUGAUUGAUUAUAAGAACAAAAGGAUUUUUUAUUGUUUCCAGUCCCCCUUUAAUUUAUCGCAUUGUAAAAAAUAUGGUGGAGCGCUGGAAUAGUGUUUAGGCUAUUGUUCCAGCUAUUGUUCUCUUUAACCAAUCCACAACGAGACAGAUUGUCUUUAAGAAGCAAAAGAAACUGAAUUACCACGCCCAAAUCUAGCUUUUUUCAUUAUUUUUUCGAGUUGAAGGGUUUCGUCAGGAAGAAGGGGAAAACACUUUCGUGGACCCUGCCAUUUUGUGCAUUUCAGAGCUAUUUCUCAUCACACGGCACAAAUGUACCUCGAGGUUGUUGGAUUUGUCUCCCCAACAUGACAUGGGUACGCAACAUCACCCCAGCCUCAUCGGCAGAAUUUAAAACAGGUGGCCUUGUUUACUGCGAGGACCAUUUACUUUACACAUCCAACAAUGCGUUGUGAACAAUAAGACAGGUUCUUGCACUUCCAAAAGAAAGUGAUUCGAGAAAAGAGCCCGAAGCACAAUUCUUGUUCACUUUGUUUAUAGAGGAAGGGUCUGGAAGCUUAUCCUCAUGUGUCAGGAAGAUAGAGUUAUUGCUCUGGACUUUGUCAUGCACCCUUUAUUUAAACGCGGAAAAUUGAAAAACGAACAUUUACAAAUAUUGAGAUAGUGUUUGGACAAUAAAACGUUGAAAAAACUUUUCCUGGCAACGUUGUUAAUCAAAUCCGAUACCAUCCCUUUGUAAAAGCAUAUAUUCAAAGCGAUGCGUCUGUCCAAGUCCUACAUUUGUUGACACAUAUACGCAAUUAUAUUCGUAAAAUUUGCUUGAAGGAAAUUAAUUGGCGAAAUCUUCAAUACAAUGUUCUUCACCACGAGCUAAAUAAAUAAGUAGUGUAAAUAUCCUUGUUAUAUGAAAGAGCUGCCUGGUAGAUGUUAAAUUUGAUGGGAAAGUUGUUGGUUUGGCUUUAGAAAAAUGACAAUUUGAUAGAAUCUCUCUGAUAUAAAUGGUGAUAAAGCAGCCAACUCACGUCAGAAUUCCACGCUUUGAGAUUGAGCAGAAGAUUAGCUGUUUACUGAUGCAAGUUUGCUUACCAAAGCAGCUGUUCAGUCUCUGUUUGUUAAGCCUAGUUAUGUUAUACUGCUAACACAGUUUUAUAUUGCCUGUGGGUUGAAAGUGUCAGGGAACUCAAUUCUGUAUCCCUAUUGACUAAAUACCAUUGUGGUACUUCAACACUUUAAGUUGCAAGGUUCAUAAAAUAUUAAAAAAACUUCACAUACUAGAAACACGUUAGAUAUUCGACAUAAUUUAAGAAGUUUUAUUUACUUGACUUUGGUGGUAGAGACUACAGUCAAGAUAUUUAUAUGUUCAUAAUAUGAAUCAUGUAUUACGCUUUGUACAAUUCCUACCAUGAAUGCUUUAAAUAUUGAAAUUUCCAGCUGAUAAAAUGAUUAUUUUCCCCAUUAUAUCAACUGUUUUGCAAAACAGGUAGACAAACUAUAGUUGCAGGUGGGGAAAUAAUUCCAUUAGGCAGGUUAUUUCUAUUUUUAUGCAACACCAACUUUCAUCUUGAUAAUCAAAUUAGGUAUGCUUCUCGAACUUACAUCUCACAAUUUCCAAUACAAGAUUGGCAAAAGCAACUUGAAAAAUCAUCAGUAAAAAUGGAUAUCGUUAUAUUAUAAUUAUGCCCUAUUCAAAAACCUCUUGAUAAACAAUCAUCAGCAUUGAUGACAUGUGGACUGCUCUUCACAUACCAGUAACUGGUGACCAUUAUGUGACAAAUUCCAUUUUACUUUUUAUAAGUCAACUGAAUAUAAGUAGGAAACUAAGAUGCCUACGUUCUUGAUAAGGAGAUUUAAAUUUUAAAUAUUUGUCAGCAUAUUCAUCAUAUGAAUCAAACAUUUACUUUUGGAGCAGUAUUAGCUUUGCUUGCUUGAUACUGGCAAAGAUGGAGCUGGUCAAACAAUAGCCAGCUCAGGCCACAGGGAACUAAGGCCUGACCAAUAUAUAAUAAGGGACGUAAUUUGGCAUGACCAAUAUAUACCAUUGGUAGAAACUGCACGAUGUGCUCGAAGGCAAAUUACAAACUUCAAAAAUGGUGCUAUUGGUCAUCCUUAGACAGCAUUUCUAUACUACUCAAAAUAUUUCUUCACCACACACCAAGAGAUUGCUAAACAAAAUGGAGAUCUAAAAAGUUCUCAGUUCCUUCUUAUCAAUUACACUUGGCAUUUUCUGGAGUGAGUGGAAAGCAAGAAUAAGCUAUGCAAUAUAGAGAAAGAGUUAAUAAAGAGAAUUUUGCUAUGCAAUAGUGCAAGUUAGGUUGCUCCAUGCAAUCCUGAAAUUUUGCUCAAUUAUAAGAUUGUAAAGUACAUAUCAGGGUU